AUGGCAAUACCGAAUAAGCCUUCUGGCCAGAGCUGGCUCUCCAGAAUCAAAACCUGGCUGGUUACCAACCCAAACAACCCCGGUCUGGAAACAAAAUACAACUACCAGGCUUUCCACUCAUCGCGCUAUCUCUUCUUUUUUGGCGGGAGAAUACGAACUGUCAAAAGGAACCCUGCACAGACAGUUUCUAUUCUAUUGAGGAACCUGAAGCCCCUUUUUCCAGUCGGAGUUGGGAUCCUCAUAGUCCUUCCUCUGGUGCUAUUUCUCGUCUACGAGGCAAAGUGGCUCUGGCACCACAUUUCUGGAUCGGUGGUGAUACUGUUUGUGUAUGGCUGGAUCCACUGUUUUGUGGGACUUUUGCGAGCUUCUUACAUGGAUCCUGGGGUUUUACCGAGAAACAUCCACAUCACAGACAACGCAGAAAGAGUGGGGCUCCCAGCCGAAUACAACUCCUCUGUCACCAUGCCUGGUUACAAAAGGGCUCAUGGAGAUAUGACUGGAUCUUACAAACCGCAGUCUGAACCUGAGGUGCAAAUCAAAUACUGCCCUACUUGUAAGAUCUGGCGUCCCCCAAGAGCAUCCCAUUGUUCUUACUGUAAUGUGUGCAUCAUGAACAUGGACCACCAUUGCAGAUGGUUGAACACCUGUGUUGGUCAGAGAAACAAACGGUUCUUCUUAUCCUUUCUAUUUGGAACGGUCACGUCCUGUAUUUGGAUAAUAGUGCUAUCGUUCGUCCAUAUAUUUGCCUAUAGACGAGAACACCCGGACAUAUCACUAGCACACAGUCUCAGAGAUGUUGGAGCUUCUUUGUUCCUGGUGAUAUACUGUUUGCUAGGAGUGAUCUUCCCAGGUCUCUUGCUGUUCUACCAUUUUAUGCUGGGUAUCACUGGAAUAACCACACGCGAAUAUUACCAAAUUCCACGUGGAAUGGAUAGUUUCGAGUUUUUGAGAAACAUAUGGGCUAGCACUUUCAAUACGCAUUCGUAUUGGAAGAACUUGAUGGUCCAGUGGUGCCAGCCUCGAGGAACAUCUACAGUCAGGAUGAGAGAUCGUUACCAACAGGGCGACAUGAGAUUCGAGUCUGUUGAGUUUGGCGCAAUAAUUUAG